AUGACUAUAUUUGCUGUACCAGGACCAGUAAAGGCCCUCUUUGAUCAUUUCCCUCUACAGACUUAUCCACCAAUCUCUAAACGUGAUGAUGCUAUGAAUUAUGAGUUUGCACAAAGAACAUACGAUUUCCAAGGUCCCAACGCUGUGCAAGAUGAUAUCAAUAAUACCUUUACGCUGGGUGUCUACAAUACAUUUCAGGAAUCUAGCUCAGACGUUGCUCUAGCGACAGAUCCCUGGUGUCUGUAUGCACAAUUAGCACUGUGUAAGAAGAAUUCGUUAAAGCUACCACAAGUGACUAGAGCUGAAUCAGGUAGACCGUCAAAACCACAACAGAAGAUGGCACUUCUAUCACCUUUAGCGACCCAGAACGAGUCUCUUCCCAUUUUGGUAGAAGGUCAUAACAAAAGAUUCAUCAGGUCAGCAGAUAGUAUUCAGGAUACUUUGAAGAAUAGAGCUGCUGAAGAACCUCAACAGUUGAUGUACAUUUCACUGCUAGACCAUGUAAUAUACGACUGUUGGAUUACACAAGUUCUUUACCAUUUGGACGACGAUGAUUUCUUAAAAUUGUACUCAUUUGAAUCCUCUCCAGGGCGUAAUAACUCAUUGGUUCAACGGUUAGUUGUACAAAGCUUAAAAUUGUCAUUGAUUAAAAGAAAUGAGUUCCAUCUUCGUCAUAAAGUGUUGGCGAAAAACAUGGAGUCUACAGCAGUGUCUUACAAGUCAGCAAGCUUGCUGGAAAUAAUGGGCCCCAUUCUCGAAAGGUGUCAAAAAGUAUUAUUACAGUUUGAGAAGUUGCUCCAAGACAAACCAUUCGUCAAUUCUCCUACAUAUAUGGAGUUGAAAAUUGCAAGUUACAUCCUAUGUAUCAUGAAUUUACCCGCCAACGUUCCUCUAAGAAUUUUCCUCGAGGAACAAUGCAAGUAUCUUGUACAUCAUUCAAGAGCCAUCUUGAACGGCUUAAAAAAUUAA